GGAACCAGCGGACUCGCCUCCUCGCUAGCUUGCCGCAGCAGUUGUGAUGUUAGCCUGUUUACUUGGACGCUCCUAGCUUGUUGCCCCUCUGCCCCGGUAAUAGCCUCCAGUUCCCCCGCAGGAAACCAUGGCCGAGCCGGCCUCGGGAUCCGCCCCGUCGCCGCAACAUGACGAGGUGGUGCAGCAGCGAGUGGCAGCUCUGGAGCAGGAGAGGGCCGAGUUCAUCAAACUCAAACAGCAGCUGGAGGCCGAGUUCAACCAGAAACGAGCCAAGAUUAAAGAUCUUUUUGUGACGAAGGAAGAGGAGUGGAAGAGGCAGACUGCGGCGCUGGAGGGUGCCCACGCUGAGCUGAGCUCCGUCCAGAUCCAGCUGAUUCAGGCCCAGUCUGAGAUCGAGAACAUCCAAACUGUGGCCACCGUGUCGGAAAACACCAAACAGGAAGCCAUCGACCAGGUCCGCGGCCAGUGGCAGGAGGAGGUGGCCUCGCUGCAGGCCAUCAUGAAAGAAACCGUGUGUGAAUACGAGGUCCAGUUCCACCAGCGCUUGGAUCAGGAGCGAGCCCAGUGGAACCAGUACCGCGAGGCGAUGGAGCGGGAAAUGGGAGACCUGAGACGCCGCCUCACGGUGGGCCAGGAGGAGGAAAACCUGGAGGAGGAAAUGAAAAAAGCCCAGGAGGACGCAGAGAAGCUGCGCUCGGUGGUGAUGCCCAUGGAGAAGGAGAUCGCAGCCCUGAAAGCCCGACUGACGACAGCCGAGGAGCGGGUGAAAGAACUGGAGGCCUCGAAGGUCAAAGAGCUCAAUCACGUUCUCGAGGCGGAGAAGUCAUGUCGCACGGACCUGGAGAUGUAUGUGGCCGUGUUGAACACGCAGAAAUCUGUCCUGCAGGAAGACGCAGAGAAACUACGGAAAGAGCUACAUGAGGUCUGCCACAAGCUGGAGUUGGAGCGGCAGCAGCACAAUCAGCUGAAGCACACGUGGCAGAGAGCCAACGACCAGUUCCUGGAGUCCCAGCGCCUCCUCAUGAGGGACAUGCAGAGGAUAGAGAACGUGCUGUCAUCGGAACAACUGCGCCAGGUGGAGGAGAUGAAGAAGAAGGACCAGGAGGAGGAUGAGAAGGAGAGGCUGAGCCAAGUGAACGAGAUGCACGAGGAGGACGGGGGAGACAACACCGAGCCUUUGGAGGACUCCUUCCUCGGGCUGAGCGUCGAGGAGCCCCACGCCAACCACAGCGCUCACGGCUCGAUGCACUCUUUAGAUACUGACGUGGUGUUGGGGGGCACCAUGGACCCCUACAAAGAAAACCUGCGGAGAGUUCAGUCGACGGACAGCCUCGGCUCCUCGCUGUCUGCCCAGCAGGGCCUCGGAGGCCAGAACCACAAGGCCAAGUCGGCCAGCCACUUGGAAGAAUCGGACUUUGGGCCCCUGGUGGGGGCCGACUGCAGCGUGACAGACAGUAGUUUCGGGGAAACUUUGUCCAUCAGCUCGAUCAAGCUGACGUCGAGCCACUUCCUGCUGACAAAAGACCAGGAGAAGGCCAUCAAAGCCAUGACGCCCGAGCAGGAGGAGACGGCGUCGCUGCUGUCGAGCAUCUCCCACACGGCCAACAACGCCUACUUACCGCCUGUAGGCUACCGACUGGUCAGCGACAGCGAGUGGAACCUGCUGCAGCAAGAGGUGAAAAACGCCGGCAGGAAGCUCGGCCGACGUUGUGACAUGUGCUCCAACUACGAGAAGCAGCUGCAGGCCAUCCAGGGACAAGAGGCCGAGACACGAGACCAGGUGAAGAAACUGCAGGUGAUGCUGCGUCAGGCCAACGAUCAGCUGGAGAGGACGAUGACGGAGAAACAGGCUUUGGAAGAUUCAGUGAAAUCAGGCAACGAGGAAACGGCUGCUAAGGUUUCCGCCCUGGUGCAGAGAGUCCAGGAGUCGGAGGCGUUGCUCGGCACACUACAACAAGCCUUCAGUGACGCUAAGAGGAACACACAGGAGCAGAUGGCGGUGCUGGUGAAGUCGAGGGAGCAGGUGGCGGACGAACUGAGUCGACUACAGAGAGACAACGAGAGUCUGCAGGGAAAACACAGGCUGCACGUAGAGCUCCAGCAACAGGAAGACUUCCAGAUGCCCAAUACUGUGCAAGAGCUACAAGGGAUGGUGCUGCGGUUGCGCGAGGACACGGUGGCGCUGCGGACGUCGGCCGAUCACAUGGAGGAGAAGCUGAAAGCGGAGAUCCUGUUUCUGAAGGAGCAGAUCCAGGCAGAGCAGUGUCUGAAGGAGAACCUGGAGGACACGCUGCAGCUGGAGAUCGAGGGUUGUAAGGAGGAGAUAGACAUCUUGGAAGCUUCUUUCUCCAGUUUGAAGACGGAGCUGGAGCGAAUAAAAGCCGAGAAGGAACAGUUGGAGAGAAGUUUAGCAGAGAAGACCGAGACACUGGAAAACCUCCAGGCCCUGAGGAUCAGCCUGGAGCGGAGACUCAAAGAGCUGAACACUGCAAAGGGUGCACUGGAGCGUCAGGCCCUCGACGAGAAAGACAAAGCUCAGCGGCUGCAGACGGAGCUGGACGUCAGUGAACAGGUUCAGAAGGACUUUGUCAAACUCUCUCAGACUCUUCAGGUACAGAUGGAGCGAAUACGACAGGCGGAGUCCUUGGACCGAAUCCGAGUCAUCCUCAACGACACCAACUUGACUGACAUCAACCAGCUUCCAGACACAUGAUACCACUGAAUGAAAACUGCCCUCAGCUUCAUCCCCCUCCUUUUUCUUCAUCACUGGCCCAAUAACAUUAUUGAUCUGACGCCUCCUUCCUCCCGCCCAUACGCCGCCCGCCCCCCCCCCGUGGACGAGUUUGGAAGGACAAGGACGGACACAGCAUGAGGAGCUCAUGGCCUUUUUGUGUAACUUAUAAAAUCAUGGAACACACCAAGGAUAGAAUUAUGAAGAAGAACACUACUAAAAAAAAAUGUAAAUAACUAAAUGUGUGACUGUGGACGGGGGGGGGGAGGAAGUCCAUCGUCAUGUGGGUCUGUCUGUGUCUCGUUUCUACUGUAGAUAUGACUUGUCUAUAUUAGGCUCAACCAAAAAGGUUUGUCGUCCUCUAAAGCACUUUUCAUCUGCGACUUCUUUUUCCAGGUAAAUAGAAAAAAACAAUUGGAUGCGUAAACUCUUCUCCUCCUGUUCUCGAAGCGGUUUGAUAAUCGCUUCCUCGUUUCACUCGCUUGUUCUUUUUUCCGACGUCUUUUUUUUUUUGUUUUAUUUUCCUGAAGCAUUUUCCACCUUGUUCUGGUCAUUUCACCCUUUGCAAAAAAAAAAAAAAACACAAUGAAGGAUGGAAAAUACUUGCACGUAACUUAAAUAGGAUUGAAAAAAAAAAAACAAGGAACAUAACACAAAGUGAGCAAUACCAUGAAUUUCUCUAUCAUCCUCCACUGUGUCUUGUUUUGCUCUAUAAAGCUGCUGAAAUAACAACAUAACGAUUUAACCCAGUUGGUUAAAUGAAGAGAUCAGAAGAAUCAGGUGUCAACAUUCAAAUGUUUAAUGAAAGAAACAGAUUUUAAUACACUCUUAAUUAUGAUGAUUAAAUUAUUCAUAGAUUUUUUUUUUUUUUUUAAACUGAGUUUGUUCUAAGUUUAAUCAUGAAAUUCAAAUGAAAGAAAUGAAGAUCACGCUGUAACAACGCUGAGCUGACACGAGGCGUUUCUGUGUCGCUCAAGGACACUUCGGGAUGGGGGGGGAGGGGAGGGUUUAGAGACUGACGUUUCAUAUGUACAAGAUCUCUAUUGAUGUUUUUGGACAUGAACUUUGUCUUUCACAUAUGAAGAAGGCAGCAGGAGAUUGUGCGGCUCAGACAACAGGAAAAUGUCAGGAACAUUGUUUACAGAACAUCGACAGUGGCUUCGGCCAUUAUCCCCAAAAUAAACCUUGACUUGUCCUCGUCUUUCCAAAUUCACGUCUUCUACGUGUUUGACGCUCCUUUUUCAGUUUGGAAACAUCAACACGUGCACUCGCUCGCUGUGAAUGUUCCGGACGUUUUCCUGUUGUCUUGUCACAUGGACGUGCUGUUGUCUCAACCUGAUAAACUACAAGGAGAAUAGACCGGAGUUCAAAUCGUAUCCACUAUCUCAACUUUCACCACCGUAGCCAACCGCUGCGUGAAAGUGGUGGAAGUGUGCGACUUGCUGCUUUUCGGAAAAGUUACAAAAAAUUGUACUCAACUGACACAGAUUAACAGGAAGUUUGAAAAAUCUGUUUGAUGACCAGGACUUUGUUUAGAAACCUGAUUUAAAACUGACACCAGUGCAGCUCCUUCUUUCAUAACCCGUGUUCAAUUCAAGCAGUUUGAGUAAUUGUAGCAUCUAAAGCUCGGCAAGGCCGGAACACACAGGUGGUUUUCAUUAAGCAGCUGCACUGGGACCUUUGAGGUGUAAAACUGAGCUGCACAUUCCCUCAAAAACCCUUUUUCAAAUAGAAUAAAUAAAUGUUUGAAUAUUGAUACGAGUCGGGAGGAUGUGGCUUCGUGUUAAAAUGGUUCAUUAUCAGCUGCCACAUUUCAGUCUCCGGGCUUUUCUGUCAAAACGAGCUCAGAAAAAACAUAUUGAGUUCUAAUCGAUUAAGAAAAUCAGACUACUGAGAGGAAAAACAACUCUGGAGAUGUUUCCCCUCCAACUGUUGUGAAACUCUGUACUUUCCUUGUGUGCAUUCGGAGAACAAACAUGAUUGUUGGGAAUUAAUUCUUUCCAAACUUCCAUGUAAGUGAGCCAUUCCCCAGGAGCCGGCAGUCACGGAGUGCUUUGAAUAAAGAUGGCGACUCAGUUGCCCGGCUCUCAUUCUGACACACCAGGCGGCAAAACACGGAUUUAUGGAAAGAAAAAAGAAAAAUAUGAGGCUGAAUGAAUUUUGCAAACAGCUGCGUUGUUUGGUUCAAGGACAUGAUCUCUGGAUUUUUUUGUUUUUUGUUUGUUUACUUGCAUGUAUUACAUUUCCCUCUGUUGCAUAUGUCAAUACUGUAGAUAUCUGGAGUUGAUAUUUAUGAUAGAUUCAUGCAAUGUGUUAUGAAAUGUGUGGAUGUGUGGGCGAGCGAGCCUGACUUGCACUGAGAGAACCCUGUAUGUUUUCGGCUUGUGUGGUUGUGGGCUGAUGGGACGAGUUCAGCCUCGUCAUGAAAACUGGUGAACUGAACCUACAGAGUAUAAAUUUUAACCGUGUGAAGUCUGCACAUUUAUUUUUCUCCGAUGGCCUUAUUGCAUUGGCUUGGUGUGUUUUAAUUUUAUUUGUGACAUUUGAUGUCUCUUUUAAUUUAAUGUCCGUGACAAAAACGUUUUUCUUUCGUGGCCCAUAUGGCAUUAAUGUGACGGUUCCUAAUCCGGAGAGUCUUACCACACAUUUACUAAUUCACUGUGGUCAUGAUUAAAAGUAGAUUUUUAUCGAUUAAUUUCUGAUCUAACAUCGCUGGACAUCUGCAGACUGUAUCCUCGAUUCCCUGAAAAAUGAUUAGAGAUGUGAAACCGUUUGAGUUUGUGGUCGGAGACGUACAGUGUGAGGUCUGAACGCUCACACUGUACCACCGCUACUUGGUUUUUAGCAUAAAUACAAAUUCAAAACAAAUAAAGCACAUUUGAAGCCCAGGUUUGUUUGUGUCUGACAAGGACGACGUGUGGAAGAUGUGCUUUUUUUGGACAUUUUUGUAACCGAUGUUUACUGAGAAUACAACUGUUUCACUAUAGUCUUUAUAGUGUAUACAUAAAAGUACACUCAGAAUAUAUCUAAAGCUGUAAUAUACCGUCACUUCUUGCAUCAUACCCAUUGACAAUAAAUGAAUUAAAGAAG